CAGGGGGCCAACUAAAAGAAGAGCAAAAUUAAUUUGUUUUCUUUCGGUUAUUUUAUACUCCACAAAACCUGCCAUUUCAGAAACGAAUACACAAAAUAUAAUUUUUUAAUUCACGCUCAUUGUUAGAGAGAUUUAUUCCAGCAUUUGAUCUGAUCACACUAAUGUCAUGUGCUAGUUUUGCAGUUCAUUAGAAACCCUAGGUUUUGAGCUAACAACAGUACAGCAAAAUCCUCGUAAUAAGCGCCAAAAAUGGCAUUCUGGUGGCCGAUACUCGUUCUCGUAUUUGCGUACGCCGUCUGCCGGUUCUUGUUGAUGCUUAUCCCGCCCAAUGUGCCUUCAAUUGACGUCGAUGCCUCUGAUAUUUUGGAUGGGAAUCAGAAAGAAGAGAAUAGCUUCAUUUAUAUACCUCCGAGAGGAAGGACACAGCAACAAGAGAAAAAAGUACAGUGUUAUGAACCUGCAACCAUGAAAUACUUGGGAUUUUUUCCGGCCCUAUCACCUGCUGAGGUCAAGGAUCGUGUGACGCAAGCAAGGAAGGCUCAGAAAGUAUGGGCAAAGAGCAGCUUCAAGCAAAGGCGGCAGUUUUUGCGGAUACUUCUGAAAUAUAUUAUCGAGCACCAAGAGCUCAUAUGCGAAGUGUCUUCACGUGAUACUGGGAAAACAAUGGUGGAUGCCUCUUUAGGGGAAAUAAUGACAACUUGUGAGAAGAUUACUUGGCUUCUCUCAGAGGGUGAGCAGUGGCUAAAGCCUGAAUAUCGAUCUUCAGGGAGAUCAAUGCUUCACAAGAGAGCCAAGGUGGAGUUUUUUCCCCUUGGUGUUGUUGGUGCUAUCGUGUCAUGGAACUAUCCUUUUCAUAACAUUUUUAAUCCAAUGUUAGCGGCAGUCUUCUCAGGAAACAGCAUUGUGAUUAAGGUUUCAGAAAAUGCAAGUUGGUCAGGAUGUUUCUACUUCCGAAUAAUCCAAGCUGCACUUGCUGCUGUUGGAGCUCCUGAAAAUCUAGUUGACAUUAUAACAGGAUUUGCUGAAACGGGAGAGGCACUCGUGUCAUCAGUUGACAAAGUCAUAUUUGUUGGAUCACCAGGCGUGGGUAAGAUGAUAAUGAAAAGUGCUGCCAACACACUUGUACCUGUUACACUUGAGCUUGGAGGGAAAGAUGCAUUUAUUGUCUGUGAAGAUGUUGAUGUGCCUCAUGUUGCACAAAUUGCUGUCAGGGCCGCUCUUCAAUCAAGUGGUCAGAAUUGUGCUGGGGCUGAAAGAUUUUAUGUCCAUAAGGAUAUCUAUUCUUCAUUUGUCAGCGAGGUUGCUAAAAUAGUAAAAUCUGUUUCAGCUGGGCCACCACUUUCUGGAAGGUAUGAUAUGGGAGCAAUAUGUUUACAAGAGCAUUCUGAUAAGCUUCAGAACCUUGUAAAUGAUGCCAUAGACAAAGGAGCAGUAAUUGAAGCUCGAGGUAGUUUUGGUCAUUUAGGCGAAGGUGCAGUGGAUCAGUAUUUCCCCCCUACCAUACUUGUAAACGUAAAUCACACAAUGAAAUUGAUGCAAGAAGAGACUUUUGGACCCAUCAUGCCAAUAAUGAAAUUUAGCACCGACGAAGAGGCUGUUGAGCUUGCCAAUGACUGUAGAUAUGGGCUUGGUUGUGCUGUAUUUUCUGGUAGCCAACGUCGAGCCAAGGAGAUUACUUCCCAGAUACACUGUGGAGUUGCUGCAGUAAAUGACUUUGCAUCUAGCUACAUGUGUCAGUCUUUGCCAUUUGGUGGUGUAAAAGAUAGCGGUUUUGGACGAUUUGCUGGUGUAGAAGGUUUGCGAGCUUGCUGUCUUGCGAAAGCUGUUGUUGAGGAUAGAUGGUGGCCUUAUAUUAAAACGAAGAUUCCAAAACCCAUUCAGUAUCCUGUUUCGGAGAAUGGCUUUGAGUUUCAGCAAUCACUUGUAGCAGCACUGUAUGGCUUGAACAUAUGGGAUCGAUUGAGGGCAUUAGUCAAUGUUUUGAAGAUGCUAUCGGAGCAAACCACCACAAGUAGUAAGAGAUCCGAGUAAGAUUGAUAACCAUGCUAUCAGAGCAAACCACCACGGCAGUCAGAGAAAUGACUAAGAAUGAUAGCCAUUUUGAAUCAUAUGAUGAUUUAAAAUGCCAAAUUUGAGAUGGAAUUUCAUAUGGCUUAUCGGAAGAGACAAAGAAUAGUAACAUUAUAUUUAACAAAUAAAAGCUAUAUUCUGUAGAAUACCUAAAAUUUGUGCUUUUGGGUUGAUCAACGAACUUGAUUGUGAUUAAGUUUAGAGCUAUUUGUCAAAAAAAUUAAAUGGUAACCAAAACAGUUCACUCUGUUAUUUAAGUACUCAUGUUUUUUUUUAA